CUUUAUGCUGACAUGAACAUCAAACUUCACAAUUGCUACUGAAGCGCAACAUGUCGCGAUCUCGAAAGCGGGGGGCCAAAAAUGGCUGCCCAAGCUUGUUUCGCCUCUUGCUCAGGUGUACCUUUUUGCGUGCAUCGACUUGGUUUUUGAACACUUCUAUCUCACCAAUGACGGACCUGCUUCAUGUGCGGGCAGAUGCUGAUGACGGCGCUUCGGAACCGCCGGUAUGGAUGGUCGCCCACACUGCGGUGUAUCACAUCGACCGACUCUGGGAGACUGCAGUACGAGCUCUAUGGCCCUUUCGCGACAUGGGCGAAGCAGAUGGGGUGUACGUGCUCUACCAUUGCUUUCUGGGCUACCUACGGCACUUUCUGUCACUGGCAAAGAUAGGGAUGAAAGCAGAUGAGCAGACUGCGAGCUCCCCCAACCUGCAAGCGGUUGGUAGCACAGAGGCUGGCAUUGUUUCUCUAGGAGCUCCUGCCAUUACGACCGAGGAAACCGCUGAGCGUAUAGCGCAGGGGACCACCUCUUCUUUUGAGGAGCUGAUGUUGCUGUUGCACGCAGCCCCCGCAUCCGAGGGAAGAGAAGUGCUCCGGCACAUCAUAACGGAUCUGGAAAGGUUCGCACAAACGCUCGGCGGCAGUGGAUUGCGACUAGAGUUCGGGGAUGCGAGAACUGGCACGACAGAAGAAAGCAGCACGUCUGUCUUGCCAGGCGAAAAAAUGAUCCAACAAACAACGGACGUGCUGCGAAAUCACCUCGUAGACGGGAACAACAACCCGCCAGCAGAGCAGCAGCAGCCACUGCAGCUGCGGCAAUUUCUGCAGGUGCAGCUGGAGAGAAUACAGAAUCUCCUGAACUAUUUUCUCAUGCAGGUGUUCGCCAAGCGCUCGACUACGCAAGGCACGGUCCUCGGUUGGAGCCGCUCGCUGCUGAACCCCGGCCGUUCGCUCGCGGACCCGCAGCGGCUGUCUUUCUUCGCGACUUUCCUGCGCAGCGAAUUGCGAACGCCCAUGCUGUACAACCCUCUCUUGCCGGAGUGCUACGAAACCAAAUUGGUGCCGCAAGCCCAGCCCGCGUUCGAUCUCCUGCGGUUUCUCCGCGAGGAGAUCGGGGACCACAAAUUGAGCCAUCAAUUCAUCGCAAUUCGCCCCGAGCAGCUCGACGCGGACCCCGAGGUCGGGGGAAUUCUGCGACAGGCACUCGAGGACUACUUCGGAAAGGCCGAGCUGCAUGCCGUCGUGUCCGCGGACAAGGAGGAAGCGCAGUGUCCCAAGCUCGGCACGAAUCGCGCAUCGAGUGUCGCCGGAACAAACCAACCGCCGAGUGAGGGCCUGGCUUUGUUCAACGAUCCGGGCGGGGUUGAUCGCGCCAUCUCCGCCGCAAGUCUGCUGAUCGACUUUUCCCGCUGUCUGCAAGCGGACAGCCGGUUCUCCGGUACGGUGGAGCGCGUUGCUCCCUACUCGCGCAGCAAGUACGUUGAGCAAAUCAGUGGCCCGGAGACGGCGGUGCCGCUGUUGCUAAAAGCAAACUGCUCCGUCUUUGACGCGUUUCCCACGACGACGCCGGAUUUGCUCUUUUUGCACCCGCGCGCCGGCAACGCGGGCUACCUGGUGCCGCGCAUCUUCAGCCGGAGGAUGGGACCGACACAGCCGUUUCCAAAACUGUUGAUCGUGCCCUUCAACCCAAAUUUUGGCCCCACCGAGGUGCGGCGGCCGUGGUUUUUAAAGAAACAGAUGAAAACGUUAGACGUGCUCUGGGAAAACAACAGCAACGCUGCUGGUGCGGCGGUGGGAGAAGUGGUGCAAACCCAGCACGCCGAUGAUGCACCGGACCCGCUGACGGAGGUAACCAGCGAAACCGUCGCUGUGAACACAGACCGCGAGGAGGUGGAGGUGAGAUUGCACUGGCACCGCGCGCGCGAGCGCGAAAUCUGGGAAACGCAGUGGUCGCUGGCCGCUGUGGUGGGUCUGCUGAAGAAGCGCUACACGCUAGUGAGGGUGGUGUUCGGGUUUGCGGUUUUUCAAUUGACUUCCCUUCUCUCUGAGAAACAGCGACAAACUCUGUCUGCCGCUGCCGACAAUUGGCGCGCAUCGGACGCAGAUUUCGCCGGCGUCGCGAAAAAGGCAUUGUUUGCGUUCGGCCGAACAGAAACGGUGCCGGAGCGGCUCUGGCGCGAGGGCUGGUACUGCCACCCUUUGAGCUACAGGCUGCUUGACGGGUACUUCGUUCGCUGGCCAGCAACAGCAGCGGCGAUAGACGCUGCAGGAGCUCCUGCUGUGGACUCACCACGACGAGCGGCGCACCCAAUCCAGCCUGAUCAGAUCCCGCUUCCACUUCGCAAGACAACAGGCGCUCCUCGGGAGCACAUCUUUGGACCCCGGCCGGCGUUGGCAAGCGACACCAGCACCAUCGUCUCUACGACUACUGUCACCACGAUCCCGCCUUCUUUCGCGAAACUGCUUGCCGAAAGUCCCUCCGCAGACGAGCCCCUCGUGGUCGAGUUUCCCGAGCGCCCGGGCUUCGCGUACAUUCUCGGAAGGUCCGGUCGCGGACAGUGUCACGAGCAACUCGGCUUGUGCGAGUGUUUUCCGCCGUUCUUCGGGCUCUUGUGUGAGCACAAGGACCACGUGCGCGCUGCGGUGGAUGUUGUGUACGCCACGACCACGCCGGUGCACAAUUUGCAAGAGCUGCUUGACUUCCCGUUGAAGACGCUGAAGAAUAUCUCCCCGAAAGUCUUUGACACGAUCCCCUUGGUCGUGUUUCACGACGCGCCGCUCAGCGGGGAGCAUAAGCAAGCGAUUGUGAAAGGCGCGUUGCCGAUUCGGGUCUGGUUCGCCUAUCUGGACGACUGGACGUCGGCCGUACCGCAGCACGAUCUAUCCCGGUCCGAAGCGAGCCUGGGCUACCGGCACCAAUGUCGCUGGAAGUCCGGACCGCUGUUUCACGAGCCGGCCUUGAAGAACUACAACUUCCUGUUUUUCUUCGACACGGACUCGCACUUCCCAAAAAUCGAACUUGCGGAUGGCGGGGCGUCGGCAGGUACUAGAAGCGGAGAAGUUGUUCUUGCUUUCGCUUGGUGCUUUUGUGAAGAUCAAGAUUUCGCCUGAGAAACUCGUCAUUGGAUGCAUUAGUUCUGAGUUGUGUGUUUUCAAUUAUGGCCGCGAAACAAAAAUAACUCCCCCCAUCCAGGUGAUCUCACGCCCUCUUCCUUCGCGGACGACUACCUAUCAAACACGAUAGAGCAAAUGCGGGAAGAGCAACACGUCUACGCCUAUGUGCACCGUACCCGGGAAAAGGAUUCGAUGGUCGCCUAUCUCUGGGACUACACGAAACUCUACCUUGCGGACAAGGACAAACAGCCACCCAGCGAAGAUCUGGACCACGUCAGCCUGUUCAACGAGCUUCCAGACAUGCACCACCAACUCUUCGCGUCCUCCGCGGAAUUCCGGGAAAGUGUGGUCGGCAAGAUUUUUGACGAAAGCAGGACCACUGCGACCACGCCGAAAACUGCGAAUAGAGAUGAAGAAGGAACCACAAAAACAACUACUGCCCUCCUCCAGUCUCGCGAGUUCGUGGAAACCCAUGUAGGUUUGGACCUGCAGGCGAAAAUUGCGGAGCACGAUCUGGAGUCGUUUCUUCGGAAUAACACCUUUCUGUACCGCUGGAACCGACACGUGUACAUGACGGACUUCGAAAUCAUGUACAUGCCGUGGUUUCGCGACCCGAAAAUUUACGACUACUUCCACUACGUCGACUCACUUCACGGAUGGUACACCGACCGGUGGGGCGACCACGCCUUCCGAACCAUGCAGCUAAAGAUCUUUUUGGACGACAAGUGGAACGGCAGUGCGCCGGGGGUUCUGGAGCUGAAAGAUUUCCCCUACGCGCACCAGCGAUUUUGCACCUGCGGCCGAUUCGCAUUGACGUGCGACCAGGAGAAGCGGUGCCGGGUGUCGGAAAGUAGCUUGCUCGGGGGGUCUGCCGUUGCAUCUUCGUACAACUACGUUUCCGGCCGCCGAACCGAGCGCAGUUUGGACUAAGUUGCAAGUAGUGUUGGUGACAGCAUCUUUCAGUCGGAAAAUAAAGGAACGUCUUGCAUAAAAGGAACCUGUAAUAGGACCAGACGCAGUGAAUGUCGCAUCAAAAAGUCUCUGAAAUGCCAAGUGCGUGAAUUGGAUCGAUGUUCGCGCUAACAGCGUC